CAGCCAUACAUAUUCUAGUAUGAGAUAAAUAACUCGAGUUAUAAAAACUGUCUCCAUACUCGUACCACUGACGGUUCCUUCGAAGCCACAAACAAGACCGCUGACCCAACAAAAAUGCUCGUGUUGAUAUUUUCAUUAGACGACUAUAUUGUUUUUGUUCGCCACUUUUGAACUAUCAAAUAAUAUAUCUUGUUUUUGUAUCACACCAAUCAAUAUUGUCUUGUUACUGUGGUGUUAAUUAUAUUUUCCAUUGAGGUCAAAAUCUAAUCCUUUUCAAGUCGUGAUUAGUUUAGCGACUAUCAAUAAAGUUCAAUUUUCUAAGAAAUCCUGUUACAUUUUUCAAUUAACAAGAUAAGGUUUAUCAAGGUUUUAGCACCURAAGUUUCCCUGCAAGUUACCAAUGUGACUAUAGUUUGAUAUUAGGAUCUAUUGAACCAAUCACAGCUUGGAGACCUGCCUUCGAUGACAUGCAUGAAUUAUUGAAACAGCAGGUGCAUUCCACACGUUAACUGCGAACACUAUGGAAACCACAAAAACGUAUUCGUUCAUUUGUUUUGCAUUAUAUUCUCAUUUCUUGGACCAUUAUUCCAAUUUCCUUGGUGAUAUUGCCAUGUUAUACAGCCCAAAAGACAUUGUUAACAGCGUUAUUUAACCUCCUUGGGCUUCUAUAUCAUUUGGAUGUAAAUUAAUGGUAUGUGGUCCAUCUGUUGAGAUGUGAUCAUAUUGUUAUAAUAAUCUUUGCCUAACGAGAAAACACUGGGAAUGUAUUAAGAAUGGAUUCAAGCUACGAGGAAGCUGAAUCGAAGGCUCCAUUGCUUUAUAUCCCGCUCAAGGCUCUGACUAGCAACUUCACUACGUCGAAGUAAAUGCACAUUUUGAAAAAAGUCUGACCGUGGAUCAUGAACGGCAAUCAAAAUAUCAAUGACCAAAACAAUUCUGUACAAAACGGACAGUGUUACACUGUGGAUGGACCAAAGGAAGGCCAUGGUUUGUACCCGUCACUUGAAUAUAAUAGAGGUACAGCUACUUACGAUAGCAUGCAGCAUCUUUAUGCUCUACACCAACCUCCGAGCUACGAUGAAAUAAACCGAAGCGGGACGCACGGAGGUUCUCGAUUCGGUCUUAUUCGUGGCUACCACCAGCAAAUGUACGAACCAACAUCGCAGCCAGUACAAUGUUGCGACUGCUCCUGGAUGCAAUCAAGACACGAUAAGCAAGAUCCUAAAUGUAACUGGGGAAUUAUAAGUGGUAUACUGCUACUGAUACUCGGGGUUUUAGCUCUAACUAUGGGGUAUACAUUACCUCAAAAGACUCCUUCCUUUGAGGAAAGGAAGAGACUUACUGAGCAAGAACUUAGAGACAUAGAGCGUGUUGAGUUGUAUGUUGAAGUUUUUAUAAUCACAGGGUUAGCUGUUUUAUCUUUAGGAGGGGUAGUGAUUUCAGCUGGAAUUCUCUAUCCCCUAUGUCGUAAUGGCCGGGACAGUUACGAUGAAUCCUAUUUCAAUAAGUAUUAUGCAUCUGAAGUGUACGUGAAACGGGACGAUUCAGUCCCUCCUUCAACCAAACAAAUCGUWAACUUUGGUUUUCAUAAAGAUGUCGUUCCUACGGAUGUUACUCUUCGAAGGAUUCAGCCUGAGCGGGAACCAAAGCAAAACAUCGACACUCAACCUCUGGACACUCAAGAAGCAAUCAAGUGAAAAAUCCGAUAAACACUAAAACACUAGACGGCUGAGUGCGCUGAUACUCGGAUUCAAACUGGUGUCUUUUUAUUGAUUCUACGCACCAGUCUCUUUUUUAGCAAAAACUUUGAUAUAAAUUGAAGAACUUGAUUUGAUGAGGACGCAUUCGGCAUGACAAGACACGUUCGCUGUUUUCAUGAAUUUUUACAAACAAAACCACAUCAUGCCAUGUUGUUUUCGAUACGUACUCAGUUCAAUACCUGAUUUAAUAAUAUAGCAAAUGCGUCCAGWUACUACUGUUAGACGGUAAAUACCUAACUUUAGAUGAAGUCGGGCUUUCGCUGUUCUACAGCAUCAUCAGGACUGAAAAAUUUCAGUGAAAAACGUUUUCAGAAAACGAUGACGAUGCCGUAUAACAGCGAAAGUUCGAAUAGCAGUAUCGGUCCGCAUUUGCUAUAUUAUUACUCUCCUACAAACAUGCUGCUGAAGGAUAACUUCUCAAGAUUGAUACCUGGUUUGUUGGAAAAAAAAACUGGCAAAUCGUUACAGCAGACUAUCCGUGUACAUUUUUGCUCUCUAAUGAACCCAUAACUGUUGAAACACAUGCCGGUGUGCAAGAUUUUGUGGGAUUUUUUAUUCUGUUAAAAUUUUGGGAAAAGACGACUGGCAUUUAAUUCAUAUAAUCCGCAGUAUUUUUAUAUUUUGGUUUAUUUUUUACUUUCUUAGCGUUCCCGCGGCUAGURCAUUAUUAAUCACCCAAGUAAAAAUCAUUGAGAAAUUUGUGGCGUUCCAUAUCAAUAACUAAAAGCAACUAACUGCUUAAUUUUAGUGUCACCUCUUCGCCUUAGGUCUUUGAAACAAUUUCAAACAAUAUGUCUGAUAGACAGCCAAUGAAAGUCUGUCAGACAGCCGUUUAUGGACUGCAAUGUCUGUCUGAUAGACCAUAUGAUAUCCAGGUCUAGUCUGUGAAUAGGUCUGUUAGCCGGACUGCAAAAUUUGAAUUAAAUAUUAAGGUUAAUAAAUUUGUAUAAACAGA